AUGAGCUCUGUCUCCGGCGACGACGACGCCAAAGCCCCACAGGAGGCGCUGAACGACUUCUGGGAGAAUCUUAUAACCAAGAAGCCCGGCAAAGUCACCAACAUCUUCCCCUCAAGCCUCUAUGCAAACCUUCUACCACCGCAACGCCAGCCCGGCCCAGCAAAGGGUAGAAAUGCCGCUGAAUCAUACGAAGCGGCGGCAGAAGAAUGCCGUGCUCGUGUGCAGCACAUAAUUCGUGAAUGCCACCGGACUAACGAGAAGUUCACCGAUCCAGAGUUCGAUAUCGAAACCGAUCUCCGAGAAGACAAGAAUUGCCUCGAGGGUUUGAUGUCAUCGUACGACGACCCGCUACCUCCAAAAUCGCGCGUUAGUACUGGUCGUCUGGGCGAGGCUUUGGACACUUUAGCCCAAUGCAGGCUACUGGAUUCGCCUACUCUGUUGGUCAAACUCGAUAGGGCUGCGGGACUCUUUGAUGUGCCGGAAACGUCGAACUCUGACGGACCUGGAUCGGUGCAUCGAAUCGACUACAUAUUCGAGAAGCCGUCGUUCACCGUUGACAGCUACUCGAGCUCUGAUGUGAAGCAGGGAGCCAAUGGGGACUGCUGGUUCAUCGCUGCGGUGGCCACCAUCUGCAGCAAUCCUAGCUUAAUGGACAAGAUCUGCGUUGCGAAAGAUGCAGACUGCCAGGAGUGUGGCGUGUACGGCUUUGUGUUCUACCGUGACGGAGAAUGGAUAUGGACGGUUGUGGAUGACAACCUCUACGUUGACUACCAGGACUUUGACGCUUAUGGUGACGACUAUGACCCAACGGGUGCCAAAGAGAGAAAGUACAAGAAGAACAAACAGACUGGUUCGGAUGCUCUCUACUUUGCGAAGUGCGCAGACCAGAAUGAGACCUGGCUUCCUUUGUUGGAGAAAGCGUACGCCAAAGCUCACGGGGACUACAAUGCGAUAAAUGGGGGCAUCAGUGGUGAGGCGGUAGAGGACCUCACCGGAGGCGUCACCACAAAGAUCAUGACGAACCGAAUAUUAAGUAAAGAGCGGCUAUGGCAGGAGCUCAAGCAGGUCAAUAAGGGAUUUUUGUUUUCUGCUUCUUCGCCAGGCUCAUACGGAGACGAUUCGGAUGCCAGACAAGGUCUCGCGUUGAGUCACGCAUACUCCGUCAUCAAGGCUGUAGACCCGAAAGACGAACAAGGGAAUGAACAGAGGCUCGUCUUGAUACGGUAA